CAGACUGAGGCUCCGAUGGCGUCCCUGUUCUCAGCUCCGGCCCCAGCUCAUCCUGCCUUCUCCUCCUUCCCAGUGUUCAAGAAGGCAAGCCCCAAUGGAAAGCUCACAGUCUACCUGGGAAAGCGGGACUUUGUGGACCACAUUGACCUCGUGGACCCCGUGGAUGGUGUGGUCCUGGUGGAUCCUGAAUAUCUCAAAGAAAGGCGAGGCCCCUCCUCAGUGCCCCUGCUCCUCACAGUCUACGUGACGCUGACCUGCGCCUUCCGGUAUGGCCGAGAAGACCUGGAUGUCUUGGGUCUGACUUUUCGCAAAGACCUGUUCGUGGCCAACGUGCAGUCCUUCCCACCAGCCCCUGAGGACAAGAAGCCACUGACGCGGCUACAGGAGAGGCUCAUCAAGAAGCUGGGCGAGCAUGCCUACCCCUUCACUUUUGAGAUCCCUCCAAACCUCCCAUGCUCGGUGACAUUGCAGCCAGGGCCCGAGGACACAGGGAAGGCCUGUGGUGUGGACUAUGAAGUCAAAGCGUUCUGUGCCGAAAACUUGGAAGAGAAGAUCCACAAAAGGAAUUCUGUGCGGCUAGUCAUCCGGAAGGUUCAGUAUGCUCCAGAGAGACCUGGCCCCCAGCCCACGGCUGAGACCACCAGACAGUUCCUUAUGUCAGACAAACCCCUGCACCUUGAGGCAUCUCUGGAUAAGGAGAUCUACUACCACGGAGAACCUAUCAGCGUCAAUGUCCACGUCACCAACAACACCAACAAGACUGUGAAGAAGAUCAAGAUCUCAGUGCGCCAGUAUGCAGACAUCUGUCUCUUCAACACAGCUCAGUACAAGUGCCCAGUGGCCAUGGAGGAGGCUGAUGACACUGUGGCACCCAGCUCAACUUUCUGCAAGGUCUACACACUGACUCCCUUCCUGGCCAACAACCGAGAGAAGAGGGGACUUGCCCUGGAUGGGAAACUCAAGCACGAAGACACAAAUCUGGCUUCCAGCACUCUGUUGAGGGAAGGUGCCAACCGUGAGAUCCUGGGGAUCAUUGUUUCUUACAAAGUGAAAGUGAAGCUGGUGGUGUCUCGGGGCGGCCUGUUGGGAGACCUUGCAUCCAGUGACGUGGCUGUGGAACUGCCUUUUACCUUAAUGCACCCCAAGCCUAAAGAGGAGCCCCCACACCGGGAAGUUCCAGAAAGCGAGACUCCAGUAGACACCAAUCUCAUAGAGCUUGACACCAACAACCUGCUUGCCUGCAUGUGACUUGAAGGACCCUCCGUUGCCUCUUCCUCUUCCUCCCGCAUUGGUGGGGUCUGUCUUCCUUGCACGUUCGUCAGUCAGUCCGUCCAUCCGCAGCACCCACUCAGCUGGCUGGCACGGGGCUGGUUCAGCCCCUGGGCUUCCCUCUCUCACCUGACCUAUGCCAGUUGGAGGCUGCCUGUAGGGUGGAGAAGGUGUCUGGGCGCUGUCACUUCUGUGGCCCUGAGGACCAAAUGAUUCGGAUUCCCUUGCGGCGGUGGAAGGCCACGGGGCACCAAACAAUGGCCAGAGGAAGAGGAC